AUGUCUCAAAAGGCUGUUCUUGUUACUGGUGGUGCUGGUUAUAUCGGCUCUCAUACUGUCAUUGAAUUAUUAGAAGCUGGUCGUGAAGUCGUCGUUUACGACAACCUCACUAACGCUUCAUACGAAGCCGUUCGUCGUAUUGAAAAGAUCACUGGUAAAAAGCCCAUUUUCUAUAAGGCUGACAUUCUUGAUAAGAAGGCCCUUUUGGAAGUUUUCAGCCGCCACUCUAUCGGAUCUGUCAUUCACUUUGCAGGUCUCAAAGCUGUUGGUGAAUCCACACAAAUUCCUCUUGAUUAUUAUUAUAACAACAUCACCGGUACCAUCAUCUUAUUACAAGCUAUGAAGGAAGCAAAUGUUAAGAACAUUGUUUUCUCAUCCUCUGCUACUGUUUAUGGUGAACCUCCUAUCAUUCCUAUUCCCGAAACUUGUCCUACUGAUGCUAAGAGUCCCUAUGGUCGUACCAAGCUCUUUGUUGAACAUGUCAUUCGUGAUCUUUGCACAGCUGAAAAGGAUUGGAAUGCUGCUUUACUCCGUUACUUCAACCCUGCCGGUGCUCAUCCUUCUGGUAUUUUGGGUGAGAACCCCACUGGUAUCCCUAAUAAUUUGAUGCCCUACUUUGCUCAAGUUGCUAUUGGUAAGCGUGAAUGUUUAUCUGUUUUUGGUAAUGAUUACCCUACUCGUGAUGGUACUUGUAUCAGAGACUACAUUCAUGUUGUUGAUUUGGCUCAAGGUCAUUUGGCCGCUUUGAAGAAGCUUGAAGAAAAGCCUGGAUGCGUUGAAUAUAAUUUGGGUACAGGUAUCGGUUCUACCGUUUUGGAAAUGGUCAAGGCUUUCAAUAAGGCUGUUGGUCGUGAAUUACCUUAUAAAAUUACUGAUCGCCGUCCUGGUGAUGUACCUAACCUCACUGCUGAUCCUACCAAAGCCAACAAAGAAUUAGGUUGGAAGGUCAAAUUCACCUUGGAUGAAGCCUGUGCUUCUUUGUGGAAAUGGCAAAGCGAAAACCCAGAUGGCCUUGAAGGUUAUCCUUCUGAAGCUCCUGCUGAAUGUGUCCUCGAUUAUCUCCAUUAA